UUUUUCCUUCUCUUUUCUAAAUCUCAAAAUCUAUGUGCUCUACAACUACAACUACUCAAUAAAAUUUAUUGCACUUCUUAAAUAACUACUCUAAUCAACCACCAUUAUUUUCCAUAAAAUUUGUCAUCUAGUUUACCUAUAUAUAUAGUUUAUGAAACACAAGAAAAUAUUGAGCUAGAAGAACUUUUAUAGAGUUGAAGAUCAGGAACAAAAAGUGCAGUAUAAGUAUAUAUACACAUAUAACUAUAUAUAUUUAUUCAUAUAAAGUUGUUUGUGCUUUGUAUGGAGCUAUUCCCAGCACAACCAGAUUUGUCAUUGGAAAUCAGUCUUCCAAACAACAUACAAACAUCAUCAAGAUCAUCAAGAUGGAGAAGAAAUUCAGAUGAUGAUAAAGAAGAUGAAAUGGAUUUGAGAUUUUGGAAAAAAUCAAACAUCUAUGAUCUUUCUCUCACCAAUCCAAUGGCUUCUUCAUCUUCUUCUUCUUCUUAUUCUUCCACUACUUCAAAUCUCAACAAUCUCAUAACCAACCCUUUUCAACCCUUUCAUCAAAACCAAAACAAUUACCAAAGAAGUCUAAGUGAAGAACUAGGGUUUCUAAAACCUAUAAGAGGAAUUCCACUUUAUCAAAACCCUACUCCUUCUUCUGUUGCAUUAUUUUCUCAACCAUCCUUUGAUGCUGCUGCUGCUGCUUCCAAUUCUUCAAUUUCAACAACACCUUUUCAUUCUCAAAAUUUCAUGAGAUCAAAACUGUUACCGCGGUUUCCUUCGAAACGUAGCGUAAGAGCUCCAAGGAUGCGUUGGACUUCCACUCUUCAUAAUCGCUUUGUUCAUGCUGUUGAGCUUUUAGGUGGCCAUGAAAGAGCUACACCAAAAUCAGUUCUUGAGCUUAUGGAUGUAAAGGAUCUAACCCUAUCACAUGUUAAAUCUCAUUUGCAGAUGUACAGGACUGUUAAAAUUACUGAUAGAGCAGCAUCACCAGGGCAAUUUGAUGUAUAUGACAAUGGUUCAUCUGGAGAUACUUCUGAAGAUUUCAUGUUUGACAUAAACUCUUCAACAAGGUCUAAUGAUCUAGAGAUUAAGUUGCCUAGAGAAAUUACUACUAAUCAAGAUAAAGAAAAUCAUGGCUUUUGGAGCAUUUCUUCAAGGGAAGCUUGGUUGCAUGGUAAGCCAGUAGACUCCAAUGGAAACUUGCCUUAUAUUGAGGGAAUGGAUCCAAAGUGUCUAAGCAAUGAAAGAAAUUCAUCAGAUGGAAGCUCUUCCUCAAACAUUUCAGGAACAAGUUUCAAGAAUCCAAAUUUGGAAUUCACAUUGGGAAGGUCACUUUGAUGUCUCUUUUAGUACAAAUCAUUUUGAAGUCUAGUCUCAAAAACUGCAAGAGCUAGCUAGAGUGCUGGAAAGAGAAUUUCAUGCAAAGAAAAUCAGAGAAAAAAGAAAGCUAAAAGAAAACAGAAGAGGAGAAAAAGAAAAUUUAAAAAGCAAAAGGAGUUAAAGAAAGACAAAGGGAGACAAAAAAGGCAUAAAGCAACAAAGAAGAGGUGAGAAAGAAAAGCAUGUCCUUCCAAAACAAAGUUCUUGUGAGAUGAUCAGAAUCAAUAUAUAUUAGAAUUUCUUAAUAUAUGAAAUCUAGUUUUAUUUGUAUGUCUUGCAAUGUGAGAGAUAAAUUAAUAGGCAUAAGAGACAGCUUUUGAUAUCUUAUUUUAAGUGAUAUUCUUGGUAAUGGUAAUGGAGUUAGAACUUCAUGUUUAUUAGUAAUGUUUAUACGGCUAUCAUUAUAAAUAAAAAUAACUAACUUUCUACUUAUUAAGAAAUUCUCAUUUGUGGGAGUGAUUCUUGAGUGGGGGCAUAAGGAAGUUAAAAUUUGUGAUAUUGAAUGUAUAUAGGCCACAAUGAGAUAAGAGCAUGGGUUUGUGUUAGGUAUUGGAUUUCCUGUGAAAAUGGAUUCAAAUAUAUUAGAUGUUUAUUACAGGGUUAGAAUAUAUAGAAAAAAGAAAUUAAAAACAAAAACCAUUUACUAGUGAGAAAAAGAAGUGAGAAAACUCUUUCUCAAUUUUUA